CAACGUGCGAUGGUGGGAUGGUUCAAACGUUUUACGAGUAGCAAGUGAUAUAAAGUGAAAUCGCAAACUGUUUCAGGACCUUGUUUGCAUUCCGUGAACUCUAAGGUUGGGGCCAGCUAUAUAUAUCCCCCCAGGAUCAUUUGCUGGCCCAAUACUGCUAAUCCACAUCGAACAUACGGACAUCCGGCACCCCGAGUCGUCCACGUGAAUGUUUCUCUGAAGGUCGGGUGAUCACAAAGGUCGUCAUACGCCAUCGACGCCCAGACUUGCUCUUCUACUCCGAAAAUAUAAAGGUCGCACGAAGACAACGUUUUGAAGGGUAUUCACAUCUACGCAGAAUAUCGACAAUGUCCCCCACACUUGCCUCUGCCCCUGGUAGCUGCUGCUUCUCUGGUGUAAAACACACAGGCACACCCGUCGGCCGCAUCGAGGACCUCGGUGGAAUCCCAACAUACAUCUCCGAUCCUCCUGCCCCCACACAGAAAGUGAUACUCUUCCUGGCAGACGUGUGGGGCCCGCUUUUCGUUAACAAUAAGUUGAUUCAAGAUUAUUUCGCGUCCUGUGGCUAUAUCGUCCUUGGGCCUGAUUACUUCUUUGGCGACUCCGUGAUGAACCACGAGGCUGAUCGUGAUCGCCAGGCAUGGAUUGACAAUUCCCGCAAACCUGCUAUCGAUGCGUUCCCCGCUUGGCUAGACGCCGUGAAAGGAAAAUACGGAAGGGAGAAUACCAAGUAUUGUGCUGUCGGGUACUGCUUCGGCGCCUCGUUUGUCCUGGACUUGUGUUCUGAUGGAUCUGUAGUUGCUGGAGCACUGGCUCACCCCGCAUUCCUCGACGAAAGCCACUUCGAGAAACUUGACAGACCUCUCCUUCUCUCUUGCGCAGAGGAAGACCACACAUUCCCACUCGCCUCGCGUCGACGUGCAGAAGACAUCAUGGUCGCUCGUAAAUGCACGUAUCAUUUCCAGGUGUUUUCAGGCGUCAAACAUGGGUUUGCUGUGCGAUGUGAUCCGGCUAUUGACACGCAACGCUGGGCGAAGGAGGAGAGCGCUAAGGGAAUCGUGAGUUGGUUUGAUCGGUUCACGGUCUAGGUUUGUUAUGAUGAGUGCGUUUGUUGGGAGAAGCAGGAUCGUGUUUGAUGAGGCGCUUGAGAGCUCUGAGAGCAUGUAUUCGAGUCGGGACAGGUCGGAAUAAAGUUCACCAGGUCUACUUGACAAGUGUCCUACAAACCUGCCCUGAUGGACGUGAAAGAUGCAAUUUCCGGGCAGUGAUUUUGUGAUGUUUGACCCUCAAAUAUGCUAUUUCAGGCUAUUUCCUCCCAGUCCCCGUGCCUAGAUAAGAUUUCUUACUGACGUGUACACUGUGAAGCAAUGCUCAGUCGCUCUGCUUAC